CGAUAAACGCAUCAAGCACUUUAUCAUGUUCCGAUCAACCACAUUUCACCAUAUCCACCAUCUACUCCUACACGAGUUCUUACUUACCGAUCGAGAUGGCAACGACGAAAGCAUCAGCGCAUGAAAUCCAGUGGCUUUGGGCUUAACUGCCCAUCCAUGGUCGACAUGUACUCCCUCUGCACCUAAAUACUUAUGCAAGUAUUUAGGGUACAGAGAGGGAGUAGUACGUACCAAAGCAAACAAAAGACAUGUUCUCCUGGUCCUGCAGACGGUCGAAGUGGACAUACGCCGCGAGCAAGCUAGGCAUUUGGCGGCACGCAUGACAGGCAGACACAGCGGCGACAAGAGGCCUUUUGAGCUAUGCCAGCCUCAUGCUUAAACUUCUACUAAUCUAAUGCUACUAAUAAAUCGAUCAUGGCCUAUCAGGCAUGCAGGUGCAUCUAAUCUUCCCAGGCCUCUCUGCCAGGCCCCCACCAUGAGGCGAGGCGCCACGGCCACAUGGACUACAGAUGGAAACGCCUGUAACACUGCGCUGCAAGCAAAAUGCUGCCUCCUCCUCCUCCUCCCUGGCUUUGGUGACAAGAGAAGAGAGGGUACGCAAAUGGUUGGGGAAAGUUAUGGGUGACAGUUGGAACUCGCGAGGAUAGGCCACCCUUUCCCAUUUAAACACACUGCCAUCCUUUCUGCGGUUCCUUCACACACCUCCACCUCCUCCCCAGACACACCAUCGACAUACACACGGCCCAGCCCUCAAGAAUUCUUGCCCCCCUCAUGCAAUCCUAUCCAGCCCCUCCCUCUGAAUCCUCUAGCCUGUGAAGAGGGCUGGGUGCUGGAGGAUCCCGUGCUCCUCCCGGGCUAUGGGUGUUCAAGAGGCAUAGCCAAGAACAAUGCCAUCUUCGGUGCGGCAUUGUUGAGGAGAUUCAGAUUUCAGAACAGGCAUAAGAGUGGGUUGUUUGCAGAAUUCUCCCUCGACCUCGUUCUGCCUCUUGUCUUUGGCCUUUCUUGUUUCUCUUUUGUCUUCCACUCCGGUCGCCUGCCAUGGAAUCCUCCCAGAUCACGGGGGAUGGCGGCGAAGAGUGCAACAGCAAUGAAUCCGGGUGGACGAUAUACCUGACCUCCCCCACGAGCAGCUACGAAGCAAAAGAGAACGGCAGUGAAGGGAGUAAUGUUGAAGAUGGCAGUGGCUACAUCACCGAGAGGAGGAAAGGGAAAGAAGAAAACAACGCGGAUGAUGAUGGAGAUUACGAUUCCCUGGCGUCCGAUGCUUCCACGGGGACAUCUCAGGUGAAGGUGCUUGAAGGCAAAGAAGAGAAAGAUCGUCAGGCAAAUGAUGGCUGCAGCAACGAACAUGGUAAGGACGAACAAGCUGAGACACUUACCAAGUUCUCGACCGGCAGCAGCAAAAAGGCGGGCAAGAUGAAAAAAGGGGACGAGAAAAGCAGCAAAAGAGGCCACAAUAGAAGACGUAGCUCAUCAAGAACAAGCUUCUUUUGGUAACUGAUGUAAAAAUCCUUGCUCCUCUAUUUCUUUCUUAUCAAGCUAGAAUCCAUGUUAGAGGCAUGAGGAACUGAAGGACUUGUGAUGGUCCCUGCUAUUGCCUUCUAUUGCUUUGUCCAUUUGUUAACCACCUCAUAGGUUAGUUCUUCCUGUGCAAAUCUGUCACCCUUUUAUUACUAUUCAUUGCCCUAUUCUUAACAUCGACAUUCAAUCACUGCAUGCUCUCCUAUGUUUCUAUAGACAUUAAUGAGCACUUUGUCCAGAUA